AAUGAAUGCAUGCAUUCAUAGCCAUUACAAUCACACGUGGAAUACAGGAUAGCAUUCAGUCCUCAGUCUUGUUGUUGUCAUUCAUUACAUAACAAAGUCUUCAUCACAUUGUUGUCAACACAUCCGCUCUCAACACAUAUAUUACCACACAUUUUGGUCACAAGAAGACAACACAUCCAUUACUACAACCACAGCCAUCACAACACGACAACUGACACAAUGUUUUUAACACCGCAUUUGAUUCAAUUGUUUUAAACAUAUCGUAUAUCUUUAGCCAAUAUUCAUGUCUUGAUUGAAUAGCCAUCGGGUGUGUUGUCCACUGCCUAUUGUCUUCCAUCAGCACUUCCACCACAACCGCAGCGUCAGCUCAAUCGCCUCCGCAGUCAUGUCUGUACUGCGGUUAUCACUGUAUCGGAUCCGUCGCAAUCGGAUGGUCAUUAUCCGUGCCGUCGCUGCCUUCUUCUCGAUGGCCGCCAUAUUUCUACUGCUGUCGCGAACCAUCAAAACCGGUCACCAAAGCGACAGUCAAUCGCAUUCACUCGAAGACGCGGCCAAAAGCAUCUCAUCAUUACUUCCAUUUGAAUCUCACAACGAAUUACUGGUCGAAACACAUCCUCGCAGUGACAAUGACGGCCACGACAGCCGCGGGUCCGCCUCAGUGGCCAUGAGUCCCAACGAUUGGCGUCUGUAUCAGCGGCUGAAUCCCGUGCAAAAGGGUUGGGGCGAAAGGGGUGUCGCCGUACACCUCGACAACGACAAAGACAAGGCUCUCGCGAAGGAACAGUUCAAAUCGGGUGCCUUCGAUGUGUUCAUCUCCGACCGGAUCAGCCCUAACCGCACUCUACAGGACGCGCGUCCGUACGAGUGCUCUAAAGUGGACUACCCGUCGGAUGGGUUGGGUUCGGCCACUAUUGUGAUAAUCUACACGAACGAGAUCUGGUCGGCGCUGAUCCGCACGAUAUGGUCCGUAUGGAACCGAACGCCCGACCGGUUGCUCAACGAAAUCAUUUUGGUCGACGACUUCUCCGAUAAGCCCGAACUCCGGGCACCGCUUGACAAGUAUUUGCGCUACUAUUUCGGCGAUCGCGUCCGUGUCAUACGGCUCGACAAGAGGGAAGGGCUGAUCCGCGCGCGACUCAUCGGCGCUCGUCGGGCGCGCGGCUCUGCCAUCGUAUUCCUCGACUCGCACUGCGAGGUGACUACCGGUUGGUUAGAGCCACUGUUGGCCCGCAUCGCUGACGACCGGCGCAACGUUAUCUGUCCGGUGAUUGACGUGAUAUCGGACAAGACGUUGGAGUACUUCGCGGGCAAUCCCUACUACUUCCAGGUCGGAGGGUUCACGUGGAGCGGACACUUCACUUGGAUCGACAUACCGGAGGACGCGGCCCGCAAAGCGCCGACCAGAGCGGUGGUGUCGCCAACGAUGGCCGGCGGCCUCUUCGCCAUCGAUCGCCAGUACUUCUUCGAGAUCGGCUCCUAUGACGAGCGGAUGGAGAUCUGGGGCGGAGAGAAUCUGGAGCUCUCGUUCCGCGUGUGGCAGUGCGGCGGCCGUCUGGAGAUACACCCGUGCAGUCAUGUCGGCCACAUAUUCCGCGACUAUCAUCCGUACUCUUUCCAGGGAAAGGACACA